GAGCGGACCGUUAGAAAGUGAGCACGGCUCUCACCUGAGCUCGCGUACCUGCAGGUCGCUACACCAGUGUCCGCUCAUGUCACACCUCAGAUAUGUUUGUAAUAAAUAGGUACAUGAAAAUACUAAGUUUCAUUAAAUAUUUGAGCCUUUUUAUUAGACAAUCAGAGGAAAUGGGCUGUUUGGAGACGGAAUUGAGCGCUCGUGCGUAAAUUUUAUCUCGUGCCAAUUUAGUGGAAAUAUGUGAAGGACGCAUGAGGACGUAAAAUGGAGCAGUCUGCAACUCUCGGCAUUGAAACACUCAAGAUUACCCAGGAGCAGUUUAUCCUCGCGUCUCACUCCCUGCACCUGCAGCGACCCGGCUGCGAUGCCGUGUACCCAGUGGGUCUGUGUGGCUGGAGGAAGAGGUGCAUCUAUUUCUUCCUACUGCUGCUCUUUGUCACCAUGAUCGUGAACCUGGCCCUCACCGUCUGGAUCAUGAAGGUCAUGAACUUUUCCGUGGAUGGGAUGGGAAAACUCCAGCUGAACCAGGAUGGGCUUCACCUAGAGGGACUCAGUGAGUUUCAGAUGCCUCUGUACGUCACUGAGAUCAAGUCCAGAAGAGGCAGCUCGUUGCUGUUACGGUCGGAUAAGAACGUAACUCUGAAUGCUAGAAACAACCAAGGCCAACUGACUGGUCAGCUCUCAGUGGGGCCUGAAUCUGUGGAGGCUCAGUGUCAAAGGCUGGAGGUGCGAAGCAGGGACAGCAGGAAUCUUCUGUUCUCCGCAGAGGAGGAGGAAGUCACAAUGACGGCAGAAAAGUUCACAGUAACAGGCUCAGAAGGCGCUGUGUUCGGACACUCCGUCGAGACUCCACUGAUCCAAGCGAGGCCUUCUGAGGACUUGAAGUUGGAGUCUCCAACCCGUACGUUGACCAUGGAGGCCCCUAGAGGUGUGGAAGUGAGCGCUGCAGAGGGACCGCUGAAAAUCAGCAGCAGGAAGGACCUGCAGCUGAGGUCCACAGAGGGCGAGAUACUUCUGGAUGCAAACAGCAUUCAGCUGGGAAGCCUCCCGCUUGGCGUCUAUGCUUCGUCUACCAGUCAGGACUUCCAGCAGCGGGUUGUAUAUGAGGUGUGUGUCUGCCCCAGCGGCAAGAUGUACCUGUCUCCUGCUGAGAGCUUCUCCUCCUGCCAGGCCAUGAGCAGCAUUUGCCUGUGGAGCUGACCUGGGAGCAGAGCAAGGACUCGUAGGAUUAAUCUGCUCUGGAAUCUGAGAUAGGUCUGAGCUGUCAGUGGUCAGGUGUCUGUCUGCCUGCAGCCAGGACCAGGACCACUAGAUUAUUAAAAGUCAGAGGACACAACUUUUAUUUUUCUACUUUGAGGUUUUAUUCCAAACAGCUUUGCAAACUUUUUACAACAUCAAGAAUGAACAUGUGGAUAAAAUGUGUGCCUUCAGCUUUAAAUUGUGGAUUUUGUUGUGAUUAUUAAAAAGCUACUGUUGUAAAAAUAAAUAAAUAAGGAAGCACAAAACAAAAAAAAUUUAUAUUUUGUAUCAAAUCUCAGUGGUAAUGUUCCAGCAAUAUUAGAGGCUUUUAAUUUGAAAUUAAAUAUCUUCUGGACUUUUAUUUGUUUCAAGUUUUCCUAAGGUGAGCCAAAACAUCAAGGUCAUGAAUUUAUUUAUUUAUUAUAAAAUAAAUGGAAGGCAGCUGUGGCUUGGGUGGUAGAGCGGGCUGUACAGUAAAUGAGAGGUUCCUGGUUGAAUCCCAUUGUGUUCUUGAGCAAGACAUGUCACUAAUUUUGCCUAUGUUGGUGGUCAGACUGUCCCACGUUAGUCGCAGCUAUGAUACAGUUUGCCAUCAACUGCAGACUCGGUGAAAUACUUUGGGUCCUUCAAAAGUCUAACCUGGCCUGCCAGACUCGUCCUCUGUUUAAUUCUGCACAGAGAAAGAGUCUGGUAACUCACAGGCAGAGAGGCACAUGAGGGGCGGGACUAGGCAGCUCAAACAUAACCAAUCAGAAAAAAGACUGUACCACCAGACACUGUUGUUUUUUAGCUGUAGUAAAAAUGUGGCGUCUGGCAACGGUGCAAACAUCUUUUUUUUUUUAGAAGAAAGGCUUUUAGCGCUUCUACUUGUUGUGGUUUUAAAGACACUCAAGUCAUUUAGAACAGAGGAAAGAGCCACAGCGAACUCCGCCGCUGUCUUUGUUGUUUAUGAGAAUUGAGCGUUGCUGUGUGUGGUGUCCGCGACGCAGUAGUUUUGGAACUGUAGUCAAAAUUAACACUUGGCGACAGCGCAAACAUCUUUCUUUAGAAGAAAGGCUUUUAGCACUUCUUCUUGUGGUUUUAAAGACAUGUCCAAUCAUUUAGAACAAAGGAAAGAGCCACAGCGAACUCCGCUUCAGUUGCCAUUGUUGUGAAUAUUAGUCAACGAAUAAUUUGUAAGCUUUUACUUACUUUUUGGAUUCUUCAAUAAAAUUUGUAAAUAUGGAAAUAUUUACCGAUUUUAUUACGUAAUUAGGAUAUCCGGAGAUAUCCUUUGGGCACCACCCUUUUUAACAAGGGAAAAUGAAUCCGAAACCUCUCAUCAUUCUGUCUUAAGGUUAGUAAAAUUCGUUUACGAGCAGCAGUCAUGAAUUCAUAUCACACAAGCAAAUUCACUUGACAAAACUGGAUUGGCAAUACAUUUAUUAACUAAUAUAAUCACUUCAUUUCUGAAGCGUUUAGCCAAUCAAUAUUAACCAACUGAUUUUAUCAAACAAACAAAAACAAUGAAACAAUGAAAUGAUAAUGUAAAACAAUCUGACCCAAUAAGUGUGUGUUUUAGUCUUGUCCCCAACAACACUAAAAACAAGUAUGUGUGU